AUGGUGGAUUCUUUUGCAAAUUCAAAUCGAGUGAAGCUUCGUGAUGGGAGAUUCUUAGCUUAUAGAGAGACAGGAGUUCCAAAAGAAGAGGCCAAAUACAAGAUCAUUCUUGUUCAUGGCUUUGGAAGCUCCAAAGAUAUGAACUUCUCUGCCUCAAAAGAGCUAAUAGAAGAGCUUGGAGUAUAUUUACUAUUCUACGACCGUUGUGGAUAUGGAGAAUCGGAUUCAAACGCAAAACGUUCGCUGAAAAGCGAAGUUGAUGACAUAGAAGAACUUGCAGAUCAGUUGGAGAUAGGACCCAAGUUUCACCUAAUUGGAGUUUCCAUGGGGCUAUCCGGCGUGGCUUUUGUUGCUCCGGUGGUGAAUUACCGGUGGCCCUCGCUUCCAAAGAAGCUAAUAAAGAAAGACUACAGGAGAGAUAUUCUUAAAUGGGGUUUGAGGAUAUCGAAAUAUGCACCCGGACUGUUACAUUGGUGGGUUAUUCAAAAAGUCUUCCCAUCAACUAGUUCAGUUCUUGAAAGCAAUCCUGUCUACUUCAACACCCACGACAUGGAGGUUCUCAAGCGAACCAAUGGCUUUCCCAUGCUUACUAAGGAUAAGCUGCGGGAAAUAAAUGUUUUCGAUUCUCUAAGGGACGACUUCGUGGCUUGUUUCGGGCAAUGGGACUUCGAACCAGCAGAUCUAAUCAUUACUAAAGAGAGCUCUGUUCACAUCUGGCAUGGCAAGGAAGACAAAGUUGUUCCAUUUCAACUUCAGAGAUGCGUUCUGCAGAAGCAGCCUUUGAUCAACUACCACGAAAUCCCACAAGGCGGACAUUUGAUCGUGCACUACGACGGCGUUUGCGAUGCGAUUCUACGCGGGCUUUUGCUCGGUGAAGAACAAACGCUGUUUAAACCAAUUCUUGAAUAA